AUGAAUGAAACAACAUCUGCAUCUGUAGCGCCAAGAAAUAAAGAUGUUUUGCCUAACAGAAAUGAGACCGAAAACCAAGAUACAGAUGAAUCAGAUAUCGAGGAGCGCCUGCUCGCUGUCAGCUGCAAAUCAGGUAAACUCGGGGCGGCCAGCUUUACUCUACAAACUGGAGAGCUUCAAAUUCUCGAAGAAAUAUCAGAUCGAGCUCCAGAACAUCAAAUAUUUGUGUCACUAUUCCGACAAAUAGAGCCGAUUCAAAUAAUACUAGAUAGUAAAAGCCAGGGCACUUUCAUUAGUGCUGUGAAGAAAAUAGUUUUUGACGAUGAAAUAAACGUUGACGGGAAAUGUAAACUCACUUUUGUUUCUUCUAAAGAUUAUAAUUUCGAAGCCUGCAAGCGCCGAAUAUUCUCCCUAUCCCUUCCCAACGAACCUCCAAACUGUACUGACGAGGAACGAACCCUAUUCCUUCGUACAGUCCUGGAUUUCUCACAAAACCAAAGUGUACACACGCUAGGCGCUUUGCUUCGGUAUUUAGAUCUGAAUUGGUCGAAUUUGUGCAUGGAUUUGCAUAGUAAACCGCAGUUUUUGGGCUUGAAAAGAAUUUCGCUAUCUGACAUAGUAACAAUAGACGAAGACACAUACAGAGGUCUACAAAUAUUCAGCACACAAUCUCACCCUAGUAACUUCAAGAAAGGGGUGCAAGGUUCCAAUAAAGAGGGACUGAGUUUGUUCCAAAUUUUUAGUAAAUGCUCUUCGAAGGUUGGACAUAGACGGAUGAGAAUCCUGUUACGUCAUCCAACAAAGGAUCUAACUACGCUUAAACAGCGCCAAGACGCUUUAACCUUCUUCAUGAAACCUCAAAGUGAUUCUGUAGUGAGAAACAUCUGUACUUCGCUACGAUUCAUUAAAAAUGUUAAUGGGAUAUUAGCAAAAAUAAAAGCGUUGUCCGCAAAGGCAUAUCAAUGGAAAUCUCUUUAUAACACGCUUUACAACGCAGUACUCAUAAGUGAAAUCUGUGAAUCUGUAGCACGCAAUAGUUUAUAUUUAGAAGAAAUAGCUAAUUUUGAUACCAAUAAAUUAUACGAGAUGGCCUUAUAUAUGAAUCGAAUCAUCGAUUUUGAUUUAUCAAAAUCAGAAGGAAAGUUCACGGUAAAAGCUGGAGUUGACAAAGAUUUGGAUAUGAAGAAACAAAUAAUGGCCAGUCUACACGGUCUAAUGUCAGAAACGGCCAAAAUAGAAAUGGACCGUUUACCGACUUUCAUAGAAGAGUGUACGAUGCUGUAUAUGCCCCAUUUGGGAUACCUCCUUGGGGUAAAGGCCUGGGCCGAUAACCUUACUAUGGAACAGAAGGAAUUACCUGAUAUGGAAUUUAUGUUUCAGAAUAACGACUAUAUUCAUUACAAAAGCAAGGGAUGUGAAGAACUAGACAUGAUAAUAGGCGACACUUACCCAGAAAUAGUUGCCCACGAGACUCGCAUAAUGAUGCGUCUCACAACCAUUAUAUUGGAGAACUUGCAUACUUUAGCAGCAUUAAUAGAUAAAUGUGCUGAAUUGGACUGCCUCAUAGCAAUAUCAAAAGCUUGUAAAGAGCUAAACUUCACUCGCCCAGAAUUAACUACAGACAAAAUAAUACAAAUAAAAGAGGGGAAACAUCCCUUGUACCUCACAACGUGUGAUAAUUUUGUGCCAAAUGAUACAGAUAGUAGCCUAGAAGGUGGUUUUGUUAAGAUCUUGACAGGACCAAAUGCUAGUGGAAAGUCGGUUUAUAUGAAACAAAUUGGUCUAAUAGUAUAUCUAGCUCACAUCGGCAGUUUUGUGCCGGCAGAAUCAGCAACUAUUGGCAUCGUAUCCAACAUAUUCACGAGGAUACAGUCCACUGAAUGUAUCGCGGCUCAUAUGUCCGCUUUUCUUAUUGAUUUGAGGCAGAUGGCGCUAGCUAUCCAAGAAUCGGUUUCCAACUCGCUAAUCCUAGUAGACGAGUUCGGUAAAGGCACUUCAGAGUCGGACGGUCUCUCGUUACUAGCGGCUUGUCUGAACACGCUCUUAUUUAAGGGGCAGGAGUGCCCGCAUGUGUUUCUGUCCACUCACUUCUUGAAUGUUAAGGAGUUUAUUAUAGACACGCCGAUUGUUAAGUUUUUGAGUUUCGAGCACAUAAUCCAAGAUGGCGAAGUGAUAUUUCUGUUCCGUAUAACGGAGGGUAGUUGUGAAUCUAGUUUCGCCCACCAGGUGGCGCGCUCUAGCGGUAUUGAAGACCAUGUACUAGCGCGGGCUAAAGAUGUUCUGUGUGCUAUGAAUAAUAACCAACUACCAAAGCCUAACAAGAAAAUAAUGGAGAAAUUGAACAGAAUCACACAUAAAACCAAGAGACAGCUGAUUUCUGAAGACAUUUAA